AAACUUCUACGGUAACGCGACGUUUUCUAUUUUUUUUUUUCCCUUUCCGAUUGUUUUAUUUUUCUAGGCAACCGUAUCUUUAUCUCCGAUCUUUUUGCUUCUUUCUAAAUUUCAGAUACGAUGAACGUAGAUUAAUAGUUUAUGGUGAGAAGAGAGGAGAACAUUAUGGAUUCUGCAAGAAGUUGGUUUCACAAGUUUCAACCUCGAGACAAGCCUCGUAAAAAAGAUAUGCUCUCCGGUAGCACUUACGGCGGAGGAACAGAAACCACAGUCCCCGGCGGAGGAAAUGAAACUGACACGGCGGCUAAGCUUCCUCCACUAGGCGGAGACGGAGAAGCACUCUCCAGUACAACCAAACAGAAAGUUGCGGCAGCCAAACAGUACAUUGAGAAUCAUUACAAGGAACAGAUGAAGAAUCUUAACGAGAGGAAAGAGAGACGAACAACGCUUGAGAAGAAACUAGCAGAUGCAGAAGUAUGUGAAGAAGAUCAAAACAAUCUUUUGAAGUUUCUUGAGAAGAAAGAAACAGAGUACAUGAGACUCCAAAGACAUAAGAUGGGUGCUGAUGAUUUCGAACUCUUAACCAUGAUUGGUAAAGGAGCUUUUGGUGAGGUUCGAGUUUGUAGAGAGAAGAACACUGGUCAUGUUUUUGCUAUGAAGAAGCUCAAAAAGUCAGAAAUGCUACGGCGAGGCCAGGUGGAGCAUGUAAAAUCAGAGAGGAAUCUAUUAGCAGAAGUAGAUAGUAACUGUAUAGUGAAACUAUACUGUUCAUUUCAAGACGAUGCCUAUCUUUACCUGAUAAUGGAGUAUUUGCCCGGGGGCGAUAUGAUGACUCUUCUGAUGAGGAAAGACACUUUAAGUGAAGAUGAAGCUAGAUUCUAUGCUGCUGAAACUGUUCUGGCUAUUGAAUCUAUUCAUAAACGCAAUUAUAUCCACAGGGAUAUAAAGCCGGAUAAUCUGUUGCUUGAUAGAAUUGGACAUUUGAGGUUGUCUGAUUUUGGACUAUGUAAGCCGUUGGAUUGUAGUGUCAUUGAAGGUGAAGAUUUUUCCAGAGGAGGUGUAGGGAGAGAAGAUAUCACAUCAACAGCUCCUAAACGCUCGCAGCAAGAGCAGUUACAACAUUGGCAAAAGAAUCGAAGAAUGCUUGCUUACUCAACCGUUGGUACACCAGACUACAUUGCACCUGAAGUCUUAUUAAAGAAAGGAUACGGCAUGGAAUGUGACUGGUGGUCACUAGGAGCAAUAAUGUACGAGAUGCUUGUUGGGUAUCCACCGUUUUACGCCGACGACCCAAUGUCUACUUGUAGAAAGAUAGUGAAUUGGAAAACACAUUUGAAAUUCCCUGAAGAAGCAAGGCUAUCACGGGAGGCUAAAGAUCUCGUUGGUAAGCUUUUGUGUAACGUCAACCAACGACUCGGUGCCUCUCAAAUUAAGUCCCAUCCAUGGUUCGAAGGUGUUGAAUGGGAAAAGAUUUACCAAAUGGAAGCCGCUUAUAUCCCUGAGGUCAACGAUGAUUUGGAUACUCAAAACUUUGAGAAGUUCGAUGAGGAGGAUCAUCAAACUCAAACAGCCUCCUCCAAAACAGGACCAUGGAGAAAAAUGUUAUCUUCAAAAGACAUAAACUUUGUUGGCUACACAUACAAAAACUUCGAAAUCGUGAACGAUUAUCAAGUACCUGGGAUAGCGGAACUGAAGAAGAAAGAGACAAAACCAAAGAGACCAUCCGUUAGGUCACUAUUCGAGAGCGAAUCAUCAGAGUCGUCGUCAGAAACGGUGGCUGGUACGGAGAAACAUACAAUAAACCGAUGUUUCUCGAAUCCGACCUCUCGUGAAAUUGAACGCAAGCUGAAACGUCAGGAGUCUAAGUAGAUUAACUAUCUAUUUGUCCAAGAAGAUUAUCUAUGAACACAUGUGCCGAACUUAACCGGAACUAUUGAAUUUAAAGUUACAGUAAA